AUGGACAGGACACGAGUGGCCAAGGUUGAAGAUGUCACCCUUGCACGAAGGGGUGAGCAAGUUACAGGCACUCUACACUUGACUCCUCAUCACCUUAUUUUCUCUCAUACCCCGCAUGUCUCUGAGGAAGCCCUGGCAUCAGGCACUCCCAUCCGUCCAAGGGAACUCUGGAUCACAUACCCUAUAAUAUCAUUCUGCACGCUCCGUACAGCGCCGACCGUUUCUAGACAACCCUCCUCAGUCCGCCUACGCUGUCGUGAUUUCACGUUUGUUUGCUUCUACUUCGCCAGCGAGACCAAGGCGCGCGAUGUGUACGACACAUUAAAGCAGUGGACUUGCAAGAUUGGGCGAGUUGAGAAGCUAUAUGCUUUUACAUAUCAGCCGCCCCCUCCCGAGCAAGGACUCAAUGGAUGGCAGUUGUAUGAUGCUCGCAAGGAAUGGAACAGGCAGGGAGUGGGAAGGGAAGGAAGUAAUGCGAACUGGCGCAUAUCGACUAUAAAUGCCGACUAUUCUUUUUCUCCCACCUAUCCGGCUUUACUAGUUGUCCCGUCCAACAUAUCCGAUAACACUCUCAACUAUGCAGGGAGAUAUCGCUCAAGGGCACGAAUACCCGUGCUUACAUACCUCCAUCCAGUGAAUAAUUGCUCAAUUACGAGAAGCUCGCAACCUUUAGUGGGAGUGCGACAGAACCGAAGUAUCCAAGACGAGAAGUUGCUGGCUGCUAUAUUCUCUACGUCUCAGACAGACAGGCCCCUGGCUGGAUUCACGCCUCCGUCUUUUGAGCAAGAUUCCACCAAUUCAAGUUGGGAAGAGGGCGCUUCUAUACAAAGCCAAGAAUUCGACUUGACAAAUGCCGAAGAGUUGGAGGACGAAGUUGUCUCUGCCGCUCGCGGGGCUACGCAGGAGAAACCAUCAGUGUAUGGCGCUCAGCAGCGUAACCUGAUUGUCGACGCUAGACCGACUGUAAACGCCUUUGCAAUGCAAGCCGUGGGACUCGGAUCUGAGAAUAUGGACAAUUACAAGUUUGCCACGAAAGCUUAUUUGGGGAUUGACAAUAUCCACGUGAUGAGGGAUUCGUUGAAUAAGGUGGUCGAGGCAUUGAAGGAGUCUGAUGUUACACCAUUAGGUCCGAACAGGGAACUACUUGCGAAAAGCAAUUGGCUGAAAUAUAUCUCGGUGAUUCUGGAUGGUGCUAGUCUUAUUGCUCGCCAGGUCGGACUGCAGCACUCUCACGUUCUCAUCCAUUGCUCGGAUGGAUGGGAUCGCACGAGUCAGCUUAGCGCUCUCAGUCAAAUUUGUCUCGAUCCUUAUUACCGUACCUUAGAAGGAUUCAUGGUACUGGUUGAAAAAGAUUGGCUCUCAUUUGGUCACAUGUUCCGCCAUCGAGCCGGUCUCCUCAACAGUGAAAAGUGGUUCCAGAUCGAGAAUGAGAGAAUCGGUGGAGAUACAAACCGAUCCUUUGGUGAAACUAGUGAGCCACGAAAGGCUCUGGAGAAUGCUUUUCUCAGCGCUAAAAACUUCUUCAACCAAAAGAACAACAGUCGAGACUCCCUUGCUGACGAUGAUGGCGAGGGAUCGAACUAUGACACUGACAGUCCGCUUCGAAAAACCAGCUCAACACCCCGGUCAACAGUCAGCGAAAAGGAGACGACCAAGGUCAAAGAAACCAGUCCUGUUUUCCACCAAUUUCUUGAUGCGACAUACCAACUUCUUUACCAAUACCCACAUCGAUUUGAGUUUAAUGAGCGCUUCCUGCGCAGGCUUUUGUACCAUCUCUACUCGUGCCAAUACGGGACUUUUCUCUACAACAGUGAGAAAGAACGAGUAGACUGCAACGCAAAGACGAGAACGAGAAGUGUCUGGGACUAUUUUCUGGCUCGCAGGGAGCAGUUUAUCAACCCAAUUUAUGAUCCUUUGGUCGAUGAUAAGCAGCGCGCCCAUGAACGACUUAUCUUUCCUCGCAUAGAUGAAGUUCGCUGGUGGAAUGAGGCCUUUGGACGCACAGAUGCUGAAAUGAAUGGUACUCGAACGACCUCAAACACGGCCUUCCCCCAUCGCUCUGGUCAGACAACGGGUAGAAACAGUCCUGUGCUUGCCGGUGUUGAGACCACAGAUACGACUAUAGGCGAUGUUCCUCCUAGUAAGCCAAUACCGGCUGGCAUUUCGAAUCUCACUACAGAGCUGUCGAAUAUGAGUAUCCCGAAGUUCAGUCAGAGUGCCGACAAAAGCGCCAGAAAGGAGAUGGAGCUCGAGAUGCAGUAGACUCAGUACUUACAAAUAACUAUUGAAUGAAUAAAUCAACAAGCCAUCUUCUCUCG